AUGAAACCGUUCACUUGUAUUGUGGUCAUUGUGGCCGCACUUAUUGCCUGUGGUCAGGCGCAUAGUGUGCAGAAGCGUUCUUUGGGCGCCCUACUGGGAGGAUUAGGCGGCGGCGGCGGUGGCCAAGGUGGUGGUUGGAGCAGUGGUGGCGGCGGCGGUGGUGGUUACGGAGGUGGCCAUGGAGGCUGGAGCGGUGGCGGCGGCGGCCAUGGUGGCUGGAGCGGCGGUGGUGGCGGUUGGGGCGGCAGCGGUGGUUGGUAA